AUGGCUGAACAAAGCUAUAGAUACGAUGUGUUUAUCAGUUUCAGAGGCUGUGACACACGCAACACCUUUGUUGAUCAUCUCUACGCUCAUCUCAACAGAAAAGGUAUUUUCACUUUCAAAGAUGAUGCACAACUCAACAAAGGUCAUUCUAUUUCAACUCAACUUCAACUCGCAAUUCAACAAUCACGAAUUUCCAUCAUUAUCUUCUCUAAAGACUAUGCUUCAUCAACAUGGUGUUUGGAUGAAAUGGCUACAAUUGCUGAUUGCCAUACCCAAUCCAAACAAACUGUUUUUCCUGUUUUCUAUGAUGUUGAUCCAUCUCAUGUACGAAAACAGAAUGGUUUUUAUAAGGAUGCCUUUGCUUUACACUCACAACAACAAUCCCGAAACAAGGUUCAUUGCUGGAAGAAUGCUAUGACCUCUUUGGCUGGAUCUGCUGGUUGGGAUGUCAGAAACAAGCCUCAGUUUGAAGAGAUUGAAAAAAUUGUUCAAGAUGUAAUAAAUUCGCUGGGUCAUAAAUUCUCGGGUAUUGUGGAUGACCUUGUUGGAAUACAACCUCGUGUAGAAGCCUUAGAAAGGAUUUUGAAGUUAAGGUCAGGAGAUUGUGGUUUUCGCGUUUUAGGAAUCCGGGGGAUGGGUGGAAUAGGAAAGACAACUCUUGCGACGGUCUUGUAUGACCGAAUCUCAUAUCAGUUUCAAGCUUCUUGCUUUAUUGAGAACGUUAGCAAAAUUUAUAGAGAUGGCGGUUGUGUUGCUGUGCAGAAACAAAUUAUUUGUCAAACUUUAAGAGAAAGGAAUCUAAAAGCUUACAGUCGUUCUGAAAUAUCCGGGAUUUUAAGAAGUAGACUAAACAACAUAAAGGUCCUUGUAGUUCUUGACGAUAUUGAUCAAAUUGAGCAAUUACAGGAAUUGCAUAUAAAUCCCAAAUUGCUUUGCGGAGGAAGUAGAAUAAUCAUAACCACUAGAGACGAGCAUAUUCUUAAAGAGUAUGGGGCAGAUGAAGUUUACGAGGCUCAGUUGAUGACCGAUGGUGAAGCUCUCAACCUUAUGCAUAGAAAAGCCUUCAAAAGUGAUAAUUCAAGCAGUACUUUUUCGGAGCUGAUUCCUCAGGUACUAAAAUAUGCUGAAGGUCUUCCAUUAGCAAUUAGAGUAAUUGGUUCUUUCUUGUGUACCCGAACUGCUACACAGUGGAGAGCUGCCUUGGAUGGAUUGCAGAAGAAUCCAUUGGGCAAUAGAGUAAUGAAAGUGCUUCAGAUAAGUUUUGAGGGACUAGAUCUAAGAGAGAAAGAAAUUUUUCUGCAUAUUGCUUGUUUCUUUAAAGGGGACAAGGUGGAUUAUGUCAGGGGAGUUCUAGAUGCUUGUGGAUUGCACCCUGAUAUUGGAAUUCCACUUAUUGUCGAAAAAUCCCUCGUAACAAUUAGAAACACGGAAAUUCAUAUGCAUGGAAUGUUGCAAGAGUUGGGGAAGCAAAUUGUUCAGGGACAACAUCCCUACGACCCAGUGUUCUGGAGUAGAUUGUGGCUUUACCGGGAUUUCCAUCGCGUGGCCAUGACAGAACCGAAAGCACCAAUAGAAACGAAAGCCAUAGUUCUAGAUCAAAAGGAGGAUGGCUUCGAUUUCAAUCCGUUGAGGGGUGAAGAUCUAUCAAAAUUCGGGCACCUGAAACUGCUCAUAUUGUGUCAAAAGAAUUUUUCAGGGAAUCCUGUAUUUCUUUCUAAUUCUCUAUGUUAUCUUUCGUGGAAUGGUUAUCCUUUCCCUUCUCUGCCUUCAAAUAUUCAGCUACAUGACCUCGUUGAAUUGAAUAUGCCUGGCAGCAACAUCAAGCGAUUGUGGGAAGGCGAACAGCGACUACCUUGUUUGAAAAGGAUGGAUCUGAGCAACUCCAAAUAUCUCAUGGUAACUCCAAAAUUUGAAGGGAUCCCAAAUCUUGAGCGAAUAGAUUUUACAGGAUGCAUAAACCUGUCCCAGGUGCAUCCGUCAGUUGGACUUCUUACAGAACUUGUAUUCUUGAGUUUGCAGAACUGCACCCGUCUGACCAGCCUUGAUUUCGGUGUAUCAAGAGUAUGGUCUCUCAGAGUUCUGCGUCUCUCUGGUUGCGUACAAUUGGAAAAAACUCCAGAUUUCACAGGAGCAUCAAAUCUUGAGUAUCUUGAUAUGGAUCAAUGUAAAAGUUUAUCUAAGAUCCAUAAAUCUAUUGGGGCUCUAACAAAGCUUAGAUUCUUAAGUUUCAGAGACUGCACAAAGUUGUUUCCAAAUCCUAACAUCUUUGAUACUAUGAUAGGGGUGGCAAAAUGGAUGGAUUGGAUGGAUAUGGAUUGGAUUGCUAAUGGAUGGAUUAAAACAAUCCAUUAG